CCGCACGACCGGAAGUGGCAGCAUGCUGAUCCUACUGUCAAAGAAGAAUUGCUUCCAGUUACUAUGUAACUUAAAGGUCCCAGCUGCUGGAUUUAAAAGCACAGUGAAAAGCGGACUCAUUUUACAGUCGAUUUCCAAUGAUGUUUACCAAAAUCUGGCUGUAGAAGAUUGGAUUCAUGACCAUAUGAAUCUAGAAGGCAAGCCAAUUCUUUUCUUGUGGAGAAAUUCUCCCUCUGUUGUCAUUGGUAGGCAUCAAAAUCCUUGGCAGGAAUGUAACCUGAAUCUGAUGAGAGAAGAAGGUAUAAAACUGGCUCGCAGAAGAAGUGGUGGAGGAACCGUCUACCAUGAUAUGGGUAAUAUCAAUCUGACCUUUUUCACAACCAAAAAAAAGUAUGAUAGGAUGGAAAAUCUCAAAUUAGUUGUGAGAGCUCUGAAUGCUGUCCAGCCCCAGCUGGAUGUUCAAGCCACCAAAAGAUUUGACAUUUUACUGGAUGGACAGUUCAAGGUCUCAGGAACAGCUUCUAAAAUUGGCCGGACUACUGCUUACCAUCACUGUACUUUGCUAUGUAAUGCUGACAGAACCCUUUUGUCAGCUUUGCUCCAGAGUCCUAACCAGGGGAUUAGGAGCAAUGCCACUGCUAGCAUACCUUCCAUAGUCAAAAAUCUCUUAGAAAAAGAUCCCACUCUGACUUGUGAAGCAUUGAUCGAAGCCAUUGCCAAAGAGUAUGCGGCUUAUCAUCAGAUUGAUAAUCACAUUAACCUGAUAAACCCAUCAGAUGAGACCUUAUUUCCUGGAAUAAAUUCUAAAGCCAAAGAACUUCAAACUUGGGACUGGAUAUAUGGCAAAACUCCAAAGUUUAGCAUAAACACUUCCUUUCAUGUAUUACAUGAACAGUCAUCUUUGGAAAUUAAAAUAUUUAUAGACAUAAAAAAUGGAAAAAUUGACACUUGUAAUGUUGAAAUACCAGAUCAUUGGUUGCCACUAGAAUUAUGUAGGAAAUUGAAUUCAAGUAUUAUUGGCAGUAAAUUUUGCCCUAUUGAAACUACUAUGCUGACAAACACAUUAUGUUGCACAUGUCCAGAAGACAAUGAACUGCACAGUAAAUGGAAUUUUCUCUGUGAAAAAAUUAAGGGAAUAAUGUGAUUCCUAGAAAAUUUCAUAUUGGUAGUUUCAAUGAGAAAAUAAAACAUUUAAAUCUACAUUGUAUGCCUUAAAAUUAAAAA